GGUGCGAAGGUGACAGGACUCAGCGUGGUCAAAGUGGUGGCCAUCCUUGCGGUGACUGUUUCUUUUCAGCACAGUUCGGGGCGGGGAAGCAGCUUUGGCAAGAUGGCGCCGCCCCUGUCGCCCUUGGUUACUGGGCGCUGCUUUCUGCGGGCAGCAGCUCGACACGUUGUCUUCGGGUGGUCUGAGACCGCCGCCCCGCGGAAAGCUUAUGCAGUUCAGGCAGCUGAGAAAGCAACCAGUAGCACACUAGCAGAUGCUAAUUCUAAAGCAUUGUUGGUUUGCAAUGGACCUUUAGAACAUUAUGAGUUUCUAGUCAAAACAGAGGACCUGAAGAAUGACAAACAACAACGAAAAGUCAUACAGUGCCUACAAAAGCUACAUGAAAACCUUAAAGGCUACAAUAUCAGUUCAAAACAUCUCUUAUCAAAGUUAUUUACAAGACACAAACCUUCAAAAGGCCUUUAUGUCUAUGGAGAUGUUGGCACAGGAAAGACAAUGGUGAUGGACAUAUUUUAUUCCCAUAUACAAGUAGAAAGAAAAAAGAGAGUCCAUUUUCAUGGCUUCAUGUUAGAUGUACACAAAAGAAUACAUCGCCUUAAGCAGAGCUUACCAAGGGGAAAACCUGGGUUAAUGGCUAAAUCAUAUGAUCCAAUAGCCCCUAUAGCGGCUGAAAUAAGCGAGGAGGCUUGUCUCCUGUGUUUUGAUGAAUUUCAGGUCACAGACAUUGCCGAUGCCAUGAUUCUCAAGCAGCUUUUUGAAAACCUGUUCCGAAAUGGUGUUGUUGUUGUGGCAACAUCCAACAGGCCACCAGAAGACCUCUAUAAAAAUGGGCUCCAGAGAGCUAACUUUGUGCCGUUCAUUGCAGUACUAAAGAAAUAUUGCAAUGUCAUCCAACUGGAUUCUGGAAUAGACUACAGGAAACAAGGGCUUCCAGCUGCAGGGAAGCUUUACUACCUCACAAGUGAAGCUGAUGUGGAGGCUGUCAUGGAUAAGUUGUUUGAUGAGCUGGCUCAAAAACAAAAUGAUUUAACUAGACCAAGGAUUUUAAAAGUACAAGGCAGAGGGCUGAGAGUGAAUAAAGCAUGUGGAACCGUUGCAGACUUCACGUUUGAAGAGCUGUGUGACAGA